ACCGAGCUCUCCCCCUGCUCGGAGCCAGAUCCCUGUGUGUCAGCCGGCUGGCGAGUACAGAACACGUGUUUUCACGGAAGUCAAUAAAUCAAUUUCCAAAUAUUACCACUAUAAAAAGAAGCUGCUUCUAACCGGAGGUGAUUUAAGACCAUUAGAUAAGGAAGAAGAAGGAAAAGAUGAUCUGAAAUCAAAGUGCUGCGGAGGAAUUUCGGCCAAGCCGUGAGAGCACGGAGCGCACCGAAGGACGACGACCGAGAGGGGCCGCGGGCAGCGUGCUCGGAGCCGGGGUCUCGCCAGGCCUCGGGCCCCGCCGGCCUGGCCCUGCCGUCGGCAGGGAGAUGGAAGGCUUGAUGUCUAGCUCCGCUCUGCCACCCUUAUUUGCAGAUGAAGAUGGCUCCAAGGAAAGUCACGAUCUGGCUACGACUGGGCUAGCGCACCCCGAAGUGCCCUAUGGCAGUGGAGCCACGUCAUCCGGCAACAAUCCAGAAUUUGUAGAGGAUCUCUCCCAGAGCCAGCUGCUUCCGAGUGAGUCUUCAAACGCUGCAGAAGGCAGCGAGCAGAGACAAGAAGAUGAGCAAAGAAGUAAACGUGGAGGUUGGUCCAAAGGGAGAAAGAGGAAGAAACCUCUUCGAGACAGCAAUGCACCCAAGUCCCCACUUACGGGCUACGUUCGUUUCAUGAACGAGCGUCGAGAGCAGCUUCGUGCGAAAAGACCCGAGGUCCCAUUUCCAGAAAUCACCAGGAUGUUGGGCAAUGAGUGGAGCAAACUGCCUCCUGAAGAGAAGCAGCGCUACCUUGACGAAGCAGACAGAGACAAGGAGCGGUACAUGAAGGAGCUGGAACAGUACCAGAAGACUGAAGCCUACAAGGUCUUCAGUAGAAAAACCCAGGACCGUCAGAAAGGCAAAUCUCACAGGCAAGAUGCAGCCCGACAGGCCGCUCAUGAUCAUGAGAAAGAAGCAGAAGUAAAAGAGAGAUCUGUUUUUGACAUCCCUAUAUUUACUGAGGAAUUUCUGAAUCACAGCAAAGCGCGCGAGGCAGAGCUCCGCCAGCUUCGCAAGUCCAACAUGGAGUUCGAGGAGAGGAACGCGGCCCUACAGAAGCACGUGGAGAGCAUGCGCACGGCAGUGGAGAAGCUGGAAGGGGAUGUGGUCCAGGAGCGGGGCCGCAACGCAGUCCUACAGCAGCACCUGGAGACCCUGCGGCAGGUGCUGGCCAGCAGCUUCGCCAGCAUGCCCCUGCCUGGAAGUGGAGAGACUCCCACCCUGGACACCAUUGACUCUUACAUGAACAGACUGCACAGCAUUAUUUUAGCAAAUCCCCAAGACAAUGAAAACUUCAUCGCCACUGUCCGAGAGGUGGUGAGCAGGCUGGACCGUUAGGACCGGUCUUAGGGAUCCAAGAUGUUCUGUGUUUUUGCUUGUGUGGAAUGAGAAGCCAUCUGUGGAAAUUUGAACUGAGAGCAGCAGAGGAGGACUGAGGAUUCCAGGGGGGAGGCUGGUGUGUGUGAAAUACCCUCCCCCCAGGAGACCACAGGCCGGGGCGCGUGGGACUGACCUGCAGACCGGCCCUGUCCCUCCUGAGGCUGUGCGGCCCGGCCCCUCCCCUGGGGCUGCCACCUGCCAUGGACAGGAAGACUUCCCCUUGUGGCAGUUCCGAUUGGACCCCUCAAUGGGUGACACUCCAGAUUUUUUGUUUGUCUGCUUUUUACUUAGCUGUCACUUUUUCUUACGCCUUUUGGGUGGAUUUUUUUUUUUUUUUUCCUUUCCUUCACCCAUACCAAGUUGUACAUCUCCAUUUUCUGACCUCUGGGCUUGGGCGCAGCAGGGCUCUGGAGAGCCUCUCUCAUUGGAUGGUCCCAAUCUUCUCCCAUCAUCGCCCUGCUGAGCUUGGGAAGAAAGGAGCUUCUUGUUGACAGAGCCCUGUGGAGCAGGGCUGUGUUCCCAGCCCUCGUGGGCGCAGUGGGGGCCGGCCCUCAGCAGGCACCAUGAUUGCCGGCCUGAAGGAAGGCAGGCUUGCUCCCCUCCUGCCCCCGUUCCCCCCAUGCUGUUCGGGCUGCACUCCCGUGCAGUCCCGCCCCAGCCAGGCCCCAGCCAAGCGCUCCUGCCCCCAUCUGUUGGCAGUGUCUUGUGGAGCAUUUCUUUUUGUGGAGGAAAAGGUCACUGGUAAACAGGAGGAAGGGAGAAAGCCAAAACAAGCCCAAGAUUACUCCAAGUGGAAAUGGGGGUCCCUAGGUCUACUUGGGGUACACAGGUGGCCCAGGAGGAAAUAAAUGGCAGAGGGCAUGGGGGAUUCACGCAUGCUUUGUCCUGUGGCCAUUGACCGCUGCAUCUGUAUGAAAAAAAAAUCCCCUGCCUUCUCCCUCACCUUAGUAAGAGCAGAACGGGCUCUGCCUGGCCUGGGGUCCUGCUUUCCUCUCCGCUCUGGGGUACAGGGGUAACGUCGGCAGCCAAGCGCCGAUUAUCUGCCCCCCCCACCAAAGGCACGGGGCGGGCAUGCAGCCCUCUCACCACUGUGUCCUUCCUGGUGCAGGGUGAACCCCACUACAUGGCCGGAUGUCCUCCCCCCGACAUCUCACGAAAUCCAAGGCAGGCGGGGGGGCACCAACAAUUAAAAAAACAACUUUGUGCACUGAAGCCCACAUGCCAGCACCUGGCAGUUUGGGGGCACUGAGCACCCCUUGGUUAUGUCGUGCUGUAGAGCCAGGCAGCUCCACUGCAGCGUUUUCCCCUCUCCCGGCUCUCAUCUGCUGUUUGGGCCACGUCGUAAGAGUCCUUGACUGUGAAGGCCAAGCUGGAACUCAGUGUCUGUAGCCGCAGGACACCCCCGGCUGCCCCCCGCCAGCUGCUUCCUGUCCUUCCCUCCAGCCUCCCACCCCUGCUGUUGCCGCUCUCGCCCGCGGGAGCUGUUCCUGCAGCCCUGGUGGCAUCACUGUGGUGACUGGGAAAGCCUGUGCCUUCUGCCAUCCUGUCCGUGACUGGGCUCAUUUGCAUAUUCAAAUGUGUAGCUGGAUCCCUGGGGAGUCGUCGCAGUGGCAUCAGAGUCCAGUGCCAGCCCUCCGGGGCACCGCCCCUGACCCCGCCUCGCCGGGUGUCAGCCGUCAUCACUGCCAGCUUCUGGGGAGCAGGUCUGUGCACCCCCCUCUCCUCCACCCAUAAGGGACAGAGACUUCUUGUUUUCUAGCAAAUUCCUCGAUGUGACCACACGCCCAUGGUUCUCUCAAGAAAUAAGCUGUUGGCUCCGAGUGUUCACACAUUUCCCUUUUUUAUUUGUCUUAAAACAAGGAGCAGCUGAGGAAAAGGGAGACAGAGGUGUUUUGUUUCUGACAAACUUUAGAAGAAAAAAAAACGUACAUGUGUUUGGGACUGUUGAAAUGCCAAGUUUUCCGUACAAGUGUUUUUGUAAUUAAACUUUUGGUUUUCUUCGUUGUCUUUUUUUUUUUUUUUUUUUAAAGAAGUUGAUGUGGUUGCUUGACAUUUGUCUCAUUAAAACUUUUCUAUGUGGAACCCA